GAGAGAGAGGGUUUUGAAUCAUUCUGUUGACUGAGAAAACAGCCGGCGCGGGCCGUCUGUUAAUAGUGGAACAUAUAUUUAUAUAUUCCUAUUACAUAAAUGCAUACGCGUUGAACAAUCAAAAACCAAUCCCAAUAAAGACGCUCUUUCCUGGCAACUAAAGUCUAUGCCUCUCUCUCCCUAAAGUUCCUAACUUUCAAAUGGGUUUUCAAGGUUUGAAGGGAUUUUUAUUGGGUGAACAGCGUAUUGUUUCAGUUUUGAAUUUUCAAUAAAAAUUAAGAAGCUGGGGUUUUUGGUUUCGUGAAAGUCAAUCAUUCAAAAAAUUUGAGGCUUUGAUAAGGUUUGGAUAAGAGCAUGCCAGGUUUAUUAUAUUUGAUGUAUUGGGUAUUGGGAGAAAGCUUGAAUUACUGAAAGAAGCUUAUAUUUGUAGUUGAUUAUGUGUCAAGAUUGCUAUUAAUGGGUAUGGUGGAGAAAUGAAAUUUCAGGAAGGUUGGAAUUGAAUUUUAGGAGGAGAUUUGUGUCAGUGAAGGAGAAAGGUAUUGCUGGCUUACUGAAAUCUGGGAGUUUUAGGAAGUUUGUUAUUGAUUUUAGGAGGAGAAUUGUGUCUGUGACUGUGACAAGAAAAGUCUUGUUGGUUAACCGAAUUGCGGUGUAAAGUGCAACAUGGGUUGCCUAUGUACAAAGGCUUCUUCGGCUGUCCAAGACAGAGAUAGCCAGGAAAGCUCGAUGAAGAAAUCAUCCUCUUUGAGUAAACGAUCAUCGGAUUUAAGAGUGAAUUCUUCCAGAAGACAUGAUGGAGUAAGGGUUAAUGAUAGACUGCGAUUGCACAGUGAUGAAUUGAAAGGCAUGCGCAUUGAUAAGAAAGCCAAUGGUUCGAUUCGGGUUCAUGAUGAUCAGAUUAUGAAGAGAAGAGAGACGUCUGAAGCCCUGGUGACUGAUCACCCGCGCGUGGGAAGGGUACCAAAGGCUACGAGUGGUGAGCAGAUUGCGGCAGGGUGGCCGGCAUGGCUUUCUAACGCGGCGGGGGAAGCAAUCAAGGGAUGGGUACCACGGAGUGCAAAUACUUUUGAAAAGCUAGAAAAAAUUGGCCAAGGAACUUAUAGUAAUGUUUACAAGGCUCGCGAUGUUAUCCAUGAUAAAAUAGUUGCUCUGAAAAAAGUACGAUUUGAUAAUCUUGACUGUGAGAGUGUCAGGUUCAUGGCAAGGGAGAUCAUCAUUUUGCGAAGGCUUGAUCAUCCAAAUAUAAUAAAGCUGGAAGGCUUGAUCACAUCUCAAAUGUCUCGCAGUUUAUACCUUGUUUUUGAGUAUAUGGAGCAUGAUCUUACGGGGCUUGCAUCGAGCCCUGGCAUAAAGUUCUCAGAACCUCAGGUUAAAUGUUACAUGCAGCAACUUCUAAGAGGACUUGAUCAUUGUCAUAGCCAUGGUGUCCUGCAUCGUGACAUAAAGGGUUCAAAUCUUCUUAUUGACAAUCGUGGCAUUUUGAAGAUUGCGGAUUUUGGCUUGGCUACUUCUUAUGACCCUCAUCACAGUGUUCCACUGACAAGCCGUGUGGUCACUCUCUGGUAUCGACCACCAGAACUUUUACUUGGAGCUUCUCAUUAUGGAGUUGCGGUGGACCUAUGGAGUACUGGUUGCAUACUGGGGGAACUAUACACUGGCAAGCCUAUCUUGCCCGGAAAAACAGAGGUUGAGCAAUUGCAUAAGAUUUUUAAGCUUUGUGGCUCACCUACUGAGGACUACGGGAGAAAAUUGAGGUUAUCAAAUUCAGCAUUCUUCCGGCCAACGCAGCCUUAUAGAAAAUGUGUAGCAGAAACAUUCAAAGAUUUGCCAGCUGCUGCAUUGGGGCUUAUUGAGACUUUGCUUUCCAUAGAACCUGCACAUCGAGGAACUUCAGCUUUUGCUCUAAAGAGUGAGUUCUUUAAAACAAAACCGCUGGCUUGUGAUCCUUCAACUUUGCCCAAAUAUCCUACAAGCAAAGAGAUUGAUGCGAAAGUGCGGGAUGAAGUAGCAAGAAGGCAAGGAGAUGUGGGAUGCCAGAACCGGAAGGUUGACCUUGAAAGGAGAGGACAAAAAGAUUCUCAGGAAAUUCCUGCAUCAAAAGUGAACUCUCUGUCAAUGCAGAGAAGGCAAGUCCUACCCGGUUCAAAGAGCAGAAGUGAAUUGUUCAACCCUCAUAGGGAGGAUGCUGUUUCAGGUCUUCUGGUUGCUCCACCUAAACAGUCACGACCUAUUAGAGAAGUGAGAGCAGAGAAUCUUCCUAAAAGCAUUUCCCAUUCAGGACCACUGGUUCAUGGGCCUGGAGGGACAAAGUAUGGGAAAGAACUUGAUUAUCCACCAGCUGUUUCAACCGCAGCCAACUUAUCAAAAUUAUCUGGUUUGGUAGCUACUAGGACCAUGUUUUCUGAUGAUCUCCAAGAAAAGCCUGGUCCUUCACAGCCAGAUACAAACGAGCGCGUUGGCAGGUUUUCGGGCCCAAUUAAGGAAUUGGAGUCCAGAAAUCAGGAUCAUGAACGUCACAUGAAGUUGGAUGGAGAUUUCCAUCAGAUAGAUGGAAAGGCCUGUAGUAAAGAACCGUCUCUGCAUGGUCAUGUGCGGGGAAGCAAGAUAUAUCUCUCUGGUCCCUUGCUGAAUUCAUCAAAAAAUGUUGAUCAGAUGCUUAAAAAGCAUGAUCGGGAGAUCCAAGAAUUUUAUCGACGAACACGACUCGACAAAACGAGGGCGGAUAAAGUUGCUCCUCAUGGGAAGCAAGUAGCAGCUAAGUAAAGCUUCAUAUCCAAUCCUUUAGCUUCUGGAUAAGCAAUGACAUCCAACACUGUCAUGGAUAAUCGUCUCCUACUCAGCACAUGAAUCAAAACUAUCUUACUCUCCUUUGUAAUUAUGAUUCUGUUUUUCCUUUUUUUUUUUUUUUUGGAAAUUUUUUUAACUUCCCCACACUAUAUAAAAUGAUAUCAAAGUGUCAUUGUUUAAAGUUAUCUCCUUUAAGUGCUACCCGACGUUGUCGUGGUGUUGGCAACUUUAAGUGCCACCAUAUCUUUCUCUCUGUC